UGCCACUACGACUCUCAGACACCGAAAGCUGUAUAUCUACACAUUGCGCCACCCAGUUGAUACUGUCUGAACCGAACUAUAUCUGCCCCGACAUCAUUUCGUCCGAAAAGGCCUUACGCACGGAUCUGUGUCAUCCGAACUUGAAAGUCCAGAUCGGCCAGAGAAGGACCAUUGAGCAGCAGCCCGACAGACAGCAGCCCAAUAGUCUCAAACCACCACCCGAGUCAGAUCCAGGCACGCCGUUUCAGCACCACAGUUAGCCCAGUUCACGGACCAUUUCGACUUUAGCAAAACCUUCGCAUCGGGGUAUACCAUCUUCUCCGCUCGUCCCUCUCCGGAGGAUGACGGGCGGCAUGUCUCGGGUGCCGCCAUCACUAUGACUCUUUACUCGGACCCUCCCCCGUUGCGUGCCUUCAGCGCCGACAAGCCGACCUUGUUGGUAUGUUGGUGGAUGACCAUGUUCUGCGUCGUCCUGAUCCUGCUGCGCGUGUGUGGCCGCUUCGUCCGGACCGAGACGCUGUUCAGUGAGGACAAGACGGCCGCUCUAGCUUUGGUACCUUUGUUACUGCGCAUGGGUUGCGUCCACUUCAUCUUGGUUAACGGGACGAAUAAUGCCGACUUUUCGUCUGUUCGGCUCUCGGAGGAGCAAAUAAAUAGAAAGGCAGUAGCGAGUGGCCUGGUGCUGCUCAGCAGGGUGCUUUAUGCGUUGACGCUAUGGAUCCUCAAAUACGCCAUCCUGCAAUUCUUCAAACGGCUCAACGUCAGCUGGGAGCGCUCCUACGAAUUAACGCUUUCCUUCAUCAAAGUCACCCUCGUCACCACCUUCAUCGCCGUCAUCGUCUCCGACGUCGUCGAAUGCCGGCCCUUCCGCAUGUACUCGCAAGUUCUUCCGGACCCUGGAGGUCAAUGCCGCCAAGGCUACGUCCAACUCCUCACCAUGGCCAUCUGCAAUAUCGUUACCGACCUCCUCCUCGUUUUCUUUCCCAUUCCCAUGAUCAUCCGCUCCCAAAUGAGCCUGACCCGCAAGUUCCAGCUGGUCCUGCUCUUCUCCCUCUCCCUCGGCGUCGUCGGCGUCACCGUCUACCGCGUCCCGCACAUUAUCCGCGCCCAGGGCUCCCAACAAUCCCGCUCUCUAUACGCCUCCAUCGAACUGCUAUUUGCCACCGCCGCUUCCAACGCCCUCGUGCUCGGCUCCUUUGUUCGCGACCGCGGUGUCAAAAAGCGCAAGUACAAAUACAGCUCCAUCGCCGCCGGUUCUCUCGAGCGCUCCCCCGGCUCGGGUCCCGGCGGGGCCGCCCCCAACGGUGGCCGUCGUCCUACCCUGCGUCACUGGGGUUCCGACGAGGAUCUAGUCCGCGACGUCGGCUACGGCGUCAAGCCCGACUUGCGCGAACGGCUGAUCCCCUAUUCGGAUGAGAUCGGCAGUGGCGGCGGCUACUACACCCCUGCCCCCAUGGCCCAGAUUCACCACCACCACCACGACAACAACGAUACCAUCCACUCGUGGGAUUUCCCACCCUCCUCUUCAUCGCAGGCUCGCUCCACCGCCCGCAGUGAUGACUACCUGAUGUCCUUCUCAGGCCAGUCCAGCCAACCGGGCUCUCCCCGCAACACUACCCCCAACGGCCUCCCCCCCCUCUCUCCCCCCCGUCGCGUCUCCUUCUUCGACUACGGCGGCCUCCUCUCCGACGAACCCACGCGCGGUCGCCGAGAAUCCUCCGUUUCCACCACUACCGUCGAGCCACCGCGCCCCCACACCGUUCCUGUACCCGCCGUGCCCGCCAGUGCUAGUGGCUUGCGUCGAGGAUCGGCAGCAUUGCUACAAGAUCUAGGAGGGUUUUUAUCUCCCUGGACGUUGUCAGCUGUGCCGAAAUCGGCUCGCAGAAGGAGUUGGAGUAAGGGACGCGGAAGGGGAGGGGGAGGAGGGAGGCCCAAGAGUACGAGUGAUUUGGAGAGUAUACCGCAGAUGCAAGGGGAGGAGCAUGAGCAUGAGCAUGAUGAUGAUGAUGAGCUGCCGACGUAUUCGUCAGAAGAGGAGAGAAGAAGGUUGAGGUUGUUGAACCAACCAGGGCAGGGACAGGGACAGGGACACGACUUGGAGUUGGUGGAUGCUGGUGGGCUCUUGAAGGAACCGCCGGUGGAAGGACCGCCAAAGAGGAGUACGACGCAAUAACAUAAGGCCUUUCUGGGUUGUUGCGUUGUAUAACUCGACUCAAUGAAGCAAAAAAAACGAAACGCGCAAACGAAGCAAAUGAUUUGUGAUGAA